AUGGCGCUAAAUUCGGGUGCCCAAGUUUGGAGCCCAUUUAGAGAGCUGAAUGAAAUUGUAGAAAAUGCUAUCGUUCGAAAGCAGCCAGACUCUGCCCACAACUUGGGUGUGGCAUUACGGCGACAUAAACCAGAUUUCAUCUCCCUGCUGCAGAAUCCAGCCAAAUCGACCCAUCACCGUGAGCUGCUGAAGAAGGCCUCAUCAGUAGGUUUACCUAUGGGAGAUGAUCAGACCACGCAGACCUUCUCACAACAGUUCAUUGACGAGGCUCUCAUACUCAGUGACCUUCUUGACCUCAAUGAACUCGCUGCGGUAGAACUGCUCAUGGCUGGUGAAAACCAGCAGCCAGACUUCCCGGGUCUGACUCGUGGACUGGUCGCUGUACUCUUGUACUAUGAUGGCAGGAGGAGUAUCGUCAACUCUCUGAGAGCCCUUAUCCAAUCACGAGAGGGCAGGACAUGGACGCUAGGGCUCAGUUCAGAGAUUGUCUCCAUGACAACCAGCUUCACUGAUCAGCUGGUUGAGGAGGGUUUAGUUGACAAGAUUCUGGAUUUAAUAACAAACAUGGACCUGGCUCAAGAACUGGACAAACUACAGAAAGACAGGGCCCUGGGACCACCGAAACACAGAAAACAGGUGACAGAUUUGUUCAAAGAGAUCAAGUGCUCUCUGGCAGAGUGUUUGUACUGUCUGGCCUGCCAGCAACCUCUGUCAAGAGGCGACACCUUAAGGCUGAUGGCCUUCCUCAAGACAGAUAACUCCGUCAGUGCUGAUGGUACUUUGGAACCAGUGUCUGUGUGUCUGCUAAUGACCAUGUUGUACUGUCUUGAUAUCAGUAUACUGGACCAAGAGGAUGCUGGAGAUUUAAUCCAAGCCCUGCCGAUCAUCAGCGACAAUGAUUACCUGCCUGAGAUCCACAGAGAGAUGAAGUCUUCCCAGAGCUGGGCCUGCCCAGGUCUCAAGGCCACUGUACAGUUUGCCUGGUCAUUGGCCUUAAGGCAGCUCUCACAAUAUCAGGGCUUAACAGUGUGUGUGGGAGAAUUCUGUGAAGAGGAUGAAGCUAUCAUGGAUGUAGCUCUGGCUGACAACACUUUUCUCUUCCUCAAGGAGUGUGUCGUGGCUUUUCCAGACUUCCAUAAAGAGGAGUUUUAUCUGAGACGAGUACAUGGAUUGAUCACAGAUUUUAUUUUCCACAUGCCAUUAAAGUGGAAGGAACUGCGUAACCGUGGCGAUGAGACAGCCCGCCUGCUCCAGGCUCAUCAGUUAGAGGGUGUGGAACCUUCUGCAAAUCUGAGGAGGGACUUUGAGCAUCUCCUAGAGCUGAUAAGUGACUUGUACUCUAAGGAUCCCAUGGGGCUGGAACUAGUGACUGAUUACUGGUGCCCCCCAGAACCUUUUGGAGCCUCUACCAUGUUUGGGAACAUGACAACAGCCAUAGGACACAGACCACCUCAGAAACAGGUGAGCCUGUACAAGUUUGUGAGGAUAGCUGGAGACUUGCUGCCCCCAUACCUCUAUAUCCCCUACAUCCACAUGUUGACAGGCCUGGCACACGGUCAACAAUGUGCCUACCAUCUCUUCCACCUGCUGAAACUCAAUGGAACUAGUCAAGGAGGUUCUGCUAGCCUGGUGUCUUGGGAUCACAUCUUCUUCUCUCUGAACCAGUACUACACUAACCUGAGGAAGGAAACGCCCACCUCCAGUGACAGUGCGGCCCAGAGAUACCGGCACUACCAUCGGGGCAUCACCCCCCAGGAGCUAGAGGGGCUCCUGUCUGUCCUGAGGCUGACUCGCACAGUGGCAGAGGAGAGUGAGAAUGCUCGAUUAGGCCUGUGUGAGAACCAGCAGUGGGUGCCUGUUGUGCUACUGUUUGGGCUUGUCGGCUGUUGUAUACCCCCAGAACUCAAGGCCGAGUUACUUCUGACGCUGGCUGCGUUUGGGCGUACGCCGGAUAUCGCCGCCAAUCUCUGGCAGUCACUGGAAGUCUCUCAGAUUGUGGGGACAAUUCAACCAGGAAGCCAGCCUGGAGGUUUACAGGUGGAGCUGGCUGAAAUUGAAUCCCGAAAUGAGACCUACCCUCUAACCCAAGCCUUCCUGGAAUUCAUCAAUGUUCUAACAGAGAUCCCUAUACCGGCAGCUCUUGGCGCGGGUUAUAGAGUACCUGGAUUUGAGCCUUACCUUUUGUUUAUCAGAGAUGAUGUCCUGCUGAAAUUUGCUUCAAGGGCCUAUAAAAAUGCGAGUGAAAAGUGGAGUGUGGCUGCUGGUGCCCUGGAGAUUCUCUGUAAGUUAAUGGAGUCACACGAAGUCUGCCUAGAAGAUUUCCUCGAUCAGCAGGUGGAGACCCCUGGUGGCAAGUCUGUGGGUUACAAACCUCCAGGACACACCCUACUGCUACACAUGCUUAAUGAAACUGGACUGCUGAAAAUGGUGCUAUACAUAUUGGAUGAAGCAAUCAAACAGUUUGAAACUUACACAAGUAUACCAGGAAAGCUGAAGCUUGAGCGUGCCUCGCUGCUGUGUCUGAGGAUGAUUCAGGUGACAAUGGAGAAGGAGAAUGUGAUGAUGUACACACAGCGGGAGAGCGGUGCGUCGACGUUUAUUUCCUCCAUGGACAAACUGCUCAUGGCCAUCAACCCCCGCAGUGGCAAACCUGACCACCUGGUCAACAUUGCCAAGUAUGUCAUAUUUGGUACAUUCCUGCCUGAACACGCCCUUGCUGCGGUGAAGAUCCUCCGUCUGGUCAGUCGCUGGGCAGUCAUACAGUCAGACCUUGUGGGGCUAUUCACUGCAGAUGAGAUGACAAGUAAAGAGUUGCUGCAUGGAUUUGUGGAAUGCUUGGAGGCGGAUGAAGCGGAAACCAAGCCCUCUGCUGAUCAGCUGGAGGAGGGAAGUGAAGACCUUAACACAGCCCAGGUAAAGAAUGCUUGUAGACAACAACUUCUUCAGCUGAUCCUCUACUCUGUGGACCAGCCCGCACCCAACAUUGCCCAUUUCCUCCUGGGGCUCGAGCUGCAGAAACCUGUCAGUAAAACCAACUUACAAGAACCAGGUGUCCUUGGCUCCCCAAAGACCUGUCUACAUGCUAUCCUGACCCUGCUAGACCGUGGGAUAGGCACCCUUUCAGGCCCCACUUGUCUGUAUGACACCCCUGUGUUAGCUGGACUGGGGUACCAGUUAAUCUACAAACUGUGUGCAAACAAAGACACUGCAGCUCCAGCCAUGAGGUAUUUGAGGACCACCAGGGACUUCCUUUACAAACAUCUCCAGUUACUUCCAUUUCAACAGCAAACUAUCACUGAGAGAAAGUUUUCUGCCCAUCAAACGUGGUUGUUGAAGGCUGUGGCAAUUGAGUUACGGCUGACAUCCUUGAACAGACAGCGUUCUAACACACAGAGGUUGAUGACUCUACUGCUAGAUGACUAUACAGAUGAACAAGCUCAAGGAUUACUGUCCGAGCCUGGAGAGGCUGACUUCUCCACCGUGGACCAGGGCCAGUCCAUACUGAACACCAGCACUGUCAAGACACAACCCGUGAGAGGUCAUCAGAAACGGAAAAAAAUCCUGCGCAUACUGGACUCUAUAGACUUGACUCAGAAAUACCCUGACCAACUUCAGCUGGAGUUUUUUGACCCUCGCCUUAUUGAAGAAGUCAUAACAAAGUGUGAGCAGGAAUCAGAGCAAGGAGUGAGCUACUACGACAUCAAAGCACUUCACAGGAUAUUGAUGAAUGAAAUCAACAACCUGCAAGGGACGACUAUGGCAGGACAACGAUCUCUAGUGAUGGAGGAAGUUCAAGCUAUCUUGCGCACAAGUCUUGCCAGAAAUAUGGUACGAGAAAACCUGCAUGAGAAGCGACAGGCAUUUGAAGCAUGGAGACAAGUGGUAGAGAUUCUUCUUACCUCCUGCCCUGAAGAUCUUCUCACAGGGGAGGCAAGACAGAAUGUUCUAUUUGAGCUGUUGCAAGAUCUUUUGAAGAAGGUUUCUGAUGAGGACACACUGCCAGAGUUAACUGCCCCUGUUGCGGGUGUCAUCCUUACAUUAAUGACAAACCUGCGACAGUGCUUCGUGAAUGACCAAUCAGAAGGCGGGGAAUCUUUGCCGCUGACUCAGUACGUCAGUUUCCUGGACGGUGCGGGAGCAGGACCACAGCCCGUGGGGUUCCCUACCAGUUCAAGCUCACGCACUCUCUUCUCUACAUCACUUCAAGUGGUGCUGAAGGGAAUAAUAGAAUACAUACUGAGAUCGAGUGGUCGUCAGCAAAGGGUACGGGCCAACCUCUACGGAGCAUUGCUCUAUUUCCUACAGAUAGCCCAGAAACCACCCGAACUACCACACUUUUUAACAGGUCCUGGGGAUUCCAGCAGAGUGGAGAGUGUCAUCCUGAGUAAGGAGAGUGAGUAUGAACAGCUGGCCAAGGAGAAUCUGAACUCUGUCAUGUCGUUCGGGGAGAACUUCAUGGACAUUGUGUGUCGGGAUGCCUGUGAUGGACACGACGUGGGAAGGAUGUUGGCUCUCUCAGUACUGGAUGCUCUAGUAGGACUGGACAAGUACCAGCAGUGGCUGAACUUCCUUAGUGGGAAGGGCUACCUACAGCACCUGAUUGACAGCCUCCUGAACGAUGAUGAACCUCUGCAGGCUCUCCUCACGAACAACCUGGACUCCCUGCGAGUUCUCUACAUCUACGAGUCCAAGAUGGGUUUGUUCACAAAGAUCGGGGAAUCUGUUAGUGGUGCUCACAGUCUCCUACGCAGUGGUAUUGUACAGAGGCUGGCUGAGUGCAGGUUCUUUGACAUGAGACCAGAAUUAGAAAGACAUGGCUCUGAUGACCCUGACACUGGCGAUGAUGACUUCAUCCCCAGUCCCAUGGCUCGCUACAGACAGCUACUGUCCAGUGCCCUCAAACUGUGCCUGGCCAUCCUGACCUCACUGGGCAUUGAGAACAAGGACUCUGGGAGCCAGGUGUUGCAGUUUGUGGUAGCUCACAUUGAUGUAUUCAAUGUUAUAAUCAGAGAAAAGCUAAACACCAUGAAUUUACCAUCCUUGAGGGAGUUAUCUCUCCUGACAGCAGUCUUGGGAAGAGCUGCUUAUCAUGGUGACAUAGAGAAUGAAUACUUCCAGUCAGAAGCUGCUGCUCUGGAGUACAAAGGCCACGUAGCCCGGAUCCAGCGGCAGAUGUUGGCCCUGCUGCCCAAGUACUGUUUGUCAGAAAGGAUGAUUAAGCAGCUGGAGGGGGUGCGGACUAGGGGGCAGAGACAGGAGGAGGAAGACAAGAAAACUGAGAUCAUGCUGUGUGUGCAGGAAAUCACGGCGAAUGUCAUGUCCUUCUGCAGGUCGCUCAUCUCAUCAUCAGGAAACAGUGCUAAGUAUUGCAGAAUUUUGUUUGGACCCAGUUUGGAAGAAGCUUUAGCAAGGGAUUUGAGGACAUUUGAAGAUUACCAGAGCUCUACUCUGAGUCCAAUCCAGACUCCUAACCUAGGUUUAGUGGUGUUCCAUCUGCGUCGCUGUACAAACCAAUUCAUGUCUGUGUAUGACAACCACCAGGAGCAUCUGAGGAAACUCCAGUCGUUAGCUGACCUCACUAACGAGGAUCUCAAACAUUUUCUAGACGCAGGAACAUCAGAGAAGCUGUCCACGCAACAACGACAACAGAUCGCCAGAAAGAGGCUGAUACAGAUUGUGGGUCACAAGGUUAAAGAGCUCCGACAUUAUUCAUACAUCAUAGAGAACUGUUUGUUUGUGCUCUGGCGACACCUGGAGUUCUACCUGUUACAUUGUGUCCCCAUGGACAAACAGCCGUCCCUAUACCAGGUGCAUGUAAAGAGGAACCGGCAACUUCGCAGGUUACAAGAUAUCUCAAGUCUGAGCUCACAGUCCAUGAGAGAAGCUGAUGUUGACCCUGAACUGGAGGAAGGUACAAGGGGGGUAACUCAGGAAGAUAUCGAUCAGCUCAAGAUGGAGGCUGUGUCAGCCAUCAAUGAAACCCUGUUUGAAAAACUGCAGAAAAUUGAUCAGUGCUUUGGCAAGUCACGAACAGAGUACGGCUUCACAGAAGCUCUCAUCCGACGAAUCAAGCGCCUUCUGAAACUUCACACUGGGCUGUCAUAACCCCAAGACCAUCGACUCAUCGUGUCAUCAGUUCAUUUCUGUAAUUUUCAUCAACACGUCUUGAUGAAAGUCAGUUGUCAAAGAGUUGGUAAAUGUGUGGGAGAAUGUUUUUGGUAGCUACAAGCAUGGUUGAAGUUCGCAAGAUGAGACACUGGUACAUUUCCUGUAAUUUACAUGUUUAUGUUAUAUUUUACAUGUAACACAUUCUUUGCUUAAAAUAUUGAGCAUGGAAGAAAUAAGUACUAAAGUAUUCCUGUCACUUUGAUAUUUGAUAUUAAUCUGUAUCAUAGGUAUCAUGAAGUGGCAAAAAAAAAAAAAAAAAGAAACAGAAUUUUUGCCAAGCAUUCAUUGAAUAGUUUCAUUUAUCUGUGCAAGUUUCCUGCUAUUAUUCUGAUGUCAUGGUACAACAAGUCUAUCAGCUGUGAAGUAAAGUGAGUAAUUAAGUAAUUAAAUGAAAUAAUUGUGGUAUGUUUGUACAUGUAGUCAUAAGAAAUAUGUUACAACCACCAGAAGUAUUUCUUUUUCUAUUUGUUAAAAAUUUUUACACACACCAAAAAUAUAUUGUCAGUUAAGUUCCUCCUCAUAAAUAAUAUGGUCUGAAAAUGUUGGGAACAAAAAAAACUUUUAAUGCACUUACAGGUUUUAUUUUGAUCAGUUUUAGAUAGAUGUCAAUUCAAACCGGCCAGAAAUAUGUAUGUGAUAAGAUGCCUAUGAAAAGAACAUUUGUAUCAUUGACUUACAAAUUCCCAAAGCAUUACAAGUGCCUUGAAUUGGAAGAAAAAUAGUGGGGAAGUCAUGUGACAUGAUGUACUUUUUAUGUUAUCAAUGAGAAAAUGCUUCUAAUGUUGCUGGUCCAUUGUAAUAAUGCUUUAAAAUGGGGCCCCGGUCGAGGGGGUUAGCAUGCAAGCUCAGUGCAAUGUCCCAGGAGUCUCUACCAAUGUGAAUGCUGUAGGUUCAAAUCCAGCUGUAUGUGGGAAGGUCUGCCAGCAGCCUGUGGAUGGUUGUGGGUUUCCCCCGGACUCUGCUCGGUUUCUUUCCACCGUAAUGCUGGCUGUCGUCGUGUAAGUGAAAUAUUCUUGAGAAUGACAUAAAACACCAAUCAAAUAAACAAGUAAAUAAAAUGAGCUUACAAAUUGGAAGCAAUGAGGUAUUCAGCGCUUAAACAUGACACAGUGUGGCGUUAUCUGAAUGGAAAAUGUGUAGAGCCUACAUUAGGAAACUUUGUACUCAUUUUUACAGAAGUUUGUUAGUCCACUUUUUUGAAGAAAAAAAAAAGGAGAUAUGAAAAAAGAAGGAAAUGAUUUUGAAAAUUUGUUGUCUGAGAAAAGUGUUAAACCUGGUAAACUAUUGUACAGCAUAUGUGGAAAAGAAAUGUUCAUUGUUUAUGGUGCUGUAUUGUGAAAAGCUUGUUUUAUGCCAGUGGAAUAGCAUCAGUGUAACAUUGAUUCUGUUGUCAC